UGCACGGAAUUGUACCUUAACUUUUUAAAUUGCUUGGUCUGUGCCUGUCGGGUCACCAUAGCAACGUCGAUCGUCACAACAAGUCGUCGUCACGCAGGAGUUCAAGUUUUUGAACUUAUAAGUGUUCCGAUUUAUGAAUUAAAAAAAUGUCGUACAGGGACCUACGGAACUUCUCGGAAGCUAUGCGCAGUCUGGGCUACCCUGAGCCGGUGUCGCUGGAUAGUUUCCGCGCGCCGAACUGGUCGGGGGCGGAGCGCGCGCUGCGGUGGCUGGCGGCGCGGGUCGACCCCGACGCCCGGCUGCCCGGCGGCAGCGCCAGCGUGGAGCAGCGGGUCGCGUUGAUUACUGGCGCUGUUGAGCUGUUUCACACGCGCGCCAAUCUCAAGCUGAACGGCAAGCGGCUGUACGGCGCGGACGGGUGGGCGGUGCGCGAGCUGCUGAAGGUGGCAGGGCUGCUGCGCGCCGCCGCCGCCGCGCCCGCCGCCGACCGCGCCGCACGAGACCCGCCCCUCUAUGAUGUCAGCAACAGGCUCGGCGAGAUCAAGCAGGCGCGCGCGCUGGCGACGGACAUCACAGCGAAGGGCGCCUUCCUCUACGACUUGCUUGCCAAGGAGGCGGAGAAUAAGGAGCACCGCGACGCCGCUCUCUCUCGUCCUCUCGACAUGUCGGCUCUGGAGGCGGCGCUGAACGCUGCCCGCGCCGCGCUCGCCGAGCGGGUGGAGGAGGGGCGCGCGGGGGCGGUGACGGCGCGGGGGGGCGGGGCCGCGCUCGACGCCAAGAUAGAGCGGCGCCGCGCCGAGCUCCAGCGGGCUGAGAAGAGGCUGCAUACCGUGCAGAAGAUUAAGCCGGCGUACCAGGGCGAGGUGGUAUUGCUGCAGGCGGAGGUGGCGGCGCUGUGGGAGCGAUACGUGCUGCGAUACCGCUGCGUCGAGGCGCUCAAACACCACCUGAGCCUGCUGGAGGCGCGACAGGCCGAGGCGGCGGAGGAGCAGCAGGCGGCCAUCAUGCAGCUGAUACACAAGUACGAGGCCGAGGACGUGCUCGGGAAACUCAGCGACUCCGAUGAGCAAGACUCGAGCGAGGAGAGCAAGGAGGUGGCCCGCCCGCGCCCCGCCACCAGACCCAAGACCAGGCUGCGUAUUAAGACGGCCGGCACGGAGGGUCGUCGCGCGUUCGGCAGCAUGCAGGCGCGCGAGUCGCUCGACGACCCCGACGACCCCGACGACCCUGACGACCUCGACUCCGACCUCUCCGACCACGUCUAUGGCGAGGCUAGCGGCAGCGGCGCGGGCGGCGGAGGGGGAGGGGGCGUGUCGCGGUGGGGGCGGCGCGCGGGCACGCGCACGCUCGCCGGCGCCGCACACUACGAUGACCUCAUACACGACCUGGGCAGCGAGGACGACGAGCCGUCAUUAACAGAGGCGGUGGUCGUGGCGGGGGCGGGUGCACGCGCGGGGGGCGCGGGCGGGGCGGCGUCCUCGCUCGGCAGCUCCUCCGAGAGCGAGCUGCGGCUGAGCAGCGCCCCGCCCAGAGCUGACCAGCUUAGUGAUAACGAGUUUUAGGAAGUGCAGGCGGUAGUAGGAGAUGAUAGGUAGAGGCUUGAGAGAGUAAUGCAGAUGACUCUAUAUAGUC